AUGUCUAAACUUGGGAACCGUGCCGACUGGGCCGACGAUGAGGAGUUUGACGACCCCUCCGCGCUCCCCGCGCAACAAGUGAUCGCCAACAAAGAUGGCACCAAGACCGUCAUCUCCUACCGCUUCAACGACGAUAACAAGAAAGUGAAGGUCACCCGCCGCAUCAAGACCACCACUGUCCGCGAACACGUCAACCCCCAGGUCGCCGAGCGCCGCUCGUGGCCCAAGUUCGGUCUCGAGAAGGGCCACCCCCCGGGACCUACUUUCGAUACUACCUCCGUUGGCGAGAACAUGGUUUUCCGUCCUAGCAUCAACUGGAAGGCGCAGGCUAAGGAGGCUGAGAAGGACGGCGGCGAGAAGGGUGGUAUCAAGGACCAGCUCAAGGACAAGAAGGUCAAGUGUCGUAUUUGUUCCGGGGAGCACUUUACUGCUCGCUGUCCCUUCAAGGAUACCAUGGCUCCUGUCGAGGAGGCGAGCGGUGGUGCUGGCGUGGAUGCGGACGACAAGGAGGCUGGUGGUCUCGGUGCGGGCAAGUCCAGCUACGUGCCUCCUCACAUGCGGAAUGGCGGUGCUGCUGGCGGCGAGAAGAUGGGUGGUCGGUUCGAGAAGGACGACCUCGCGACUCUGCGUGUCACAAACGUCAGCGAGUUGGCAGAGGAACAAGAGUUGCGGGAUCUCUUCGAGCGGUUCGGUCGUGUUACCAGAGUUUUCCUUGCCCGGGACAGAGAGACUCAGCGGGCCAAGGGCUUCGCCUUCAUCAGUUACGCGGACCGGGGCGACGCCGCGAGCGCCUGCGAGAAAUUGGAUGGCUUCGGUUACCGCCAUCUCAUUCUUCACGUCGAGUUCGCCAAGCGGUCUACUUAA